UCUCUCUCUCUCUCUCUCUCUCUCUCUCUCUCUCUCUCUCUCUCUCUCUCUCUCUCUCUCUCUCUCUCUCUCUCUCUCUCUCUCUCUCUCUCUCUCUCUCUCUCUCUGUGACGUUUUUACUUCGCAGUACAAACACCAAGGUUAGAAGGGAAGGGCAUGCACCUCUAUGACUUCCCCUUUCUCUUUCCCUUCCCCUUCCCCUUUACUAGUCUUCAACACACACACACACACACACACACACACACACACACACACACACACACACACACACACACACACACACACAGAGAGAGAGAGAGAGAGAGAGAGAGCUUCCUGAUUGGUGUUGUCACUGCUGUCAUUAAUGGAGGUGGUGAGGUGUUACGCUGGGAUUGUUUCCUCUUCUGAAACAAGUACACACACACACACACACACACACACACACACACACACACACACACACACACACACACACACACACACACACACACACACACACACACACACACACAGACAAGCCAGUCACGUUGAAAGUUGAUUAAUUCCCAUCCAGGAAAGAAGAUUACUGCUGCUGUGGUUGAAGAUUUGUGUCUGUGGUCUGAGGCGAAUGAGCGAGUAAGUGAAUGAGUUGGUUGGUUGGGGGGUGAAUGAGCGAGCGAGCGAGUAACUGAGUGAGGUGGUGGUGUGGGUGAUGGUGAGUGAGUGGGUGGGUGGGAAGAAGGAGACUGCCGGCGCUCUGAUUACACUGCCAAAUCAAGGUUCCAAUGAUAACCUCGUGAGUGAAACCUGAUGUGCAUUACGUACGUGUUUAUAACUACCCAACCCUCGCCUUCGCCCUCUCCCUCCUCCUCCUCCUCCUCCUCCUCCUCUUGUUCUUCCAUCAUUUCCUCCACCAGACACGCCACCACCAAGGGCAACUUUCAUUCCCAACACUUCCUCAAUGCAUCUCAUAAUAUUAACCACAAAUCAUUGUCAGGCGUGAAGGAACUCCCCUACCACCACCAUCAGUUGCUAUUCCCCGCCUUCCCUCACUCCCAUCGUUCCCCCCCCUCUUCUUGCUUCCCUUUUCCCUCUCCCCGAUCCCCCCCCAAAAAAAUUCUCCCACACAAGCAGCAGGUGAAGGAGAAUACCGGGAAAAGUAAUAGAGGCAGAGAUGAGGACGAGGAAGUAAAACUCAGAUCGUGAGGUUGAGGAGAAGUGCGGUGCCAUUGAGAGAGAGAGAGAGAGAGAGAGAGAGAGAGAGAGAGAGAGAGAGAGAGAGAGAGAGAGAGAGAGAGAAUGUCAGCUGUCAGUUCAAUACGUGAUAUGUACUAGAAGGAAUCAAAACCACUCUCCCUCCCGCCGUGCAGAAAGGAAACCUGCAGACACAUCAAUAUCAUGACUACUUAAUGAACUUGCACUAUAAAUCAAUACGCUGCUCACUUAACGCCAGAUGCCCGGGAGCAGUGAUCAGUCAAGCAGUUACGUAGCAAUCACUGGAUGGCGAGCUUGGGUAGGUGACAGAAAGUAACAAGUAGUCACUGGGAGUAAUGAAAGCAGAAUAAGAAGCAGUUAUAUGGUGUGCUAAUGGAAAAUAAUAUGGCGUGACUAAUGUAUUCUAAAGAGAAAAUGAUUAACUAUUUAUCGAUGUACUAUAGGGAAAAUAACGAACAGUUACUCGAUGUACUAAAGAAAAUAAUUAACAAAGGAAGAGUAACAAAAUUUUUUCGAUGCACAAUAGGAAAUAACAAACAAUUACUCGACCUACUGCAGAGAAUUAGCAAUAUCUCGGUGCACUACAGAAAAUAACAACCUAUUACGCGAUGUGCUACAGGGAAAAAAAAUAACUACUGUGUUGUAAAAGAAAACUAACAAGCAAUUUGUCGCUGCAUACUUCAGGACAAUAAGAAGCCAUUCCUAGACGUACUGAGGAGAGGGUAACAAGAGGGAAUGGCAAGCAAUAUUUUAUGUGUACUGUGGCGAGAUUAACAAAAAGAAACGCAGAUAUUUAGUGAUACUGCGCGACCUCCCUUACGCAACCGAACGUGGGUGGGUGAGUGAGGCGUGUGGGACGAACGGGGAUAAGAAAUGGGGGUGAAAGGGGGACAGAGGACAGGAGGGACGAAGUAGCGGCGGCAGAUAAGGAGGCGAUAUAGGUGUUUACCUCACGCCCACUCAGGGACACUAAAGCCGCCGCCCAUCAGAUGCACCCCACACACCUGUCACUGCUCGUACCUGUCAUCCCUCACACCUGUCACCCCCCGCACCUGCCAUCCCUCACAUUUGUCAUCCCUCACACGAUAUUAACCUGGUCUCUCUCUCUCUCUCUCUCUCUCUCUCUCUCUCUCUCUCUCUCUCUCUCUCUCUCUCUCUCUCUCUCUCUCUCUCUCUCUCUCUCUCUCUCUCUCUCUCUCUCUCUCUCUCUCUCGUAGAACCACCGAAAUAAUGGUAGUGAAGACGUUUCUCAUUGAAGGACAGCUAAACAGCCCAUAUUCUGAAAAGCUUUGUCAUGUACAUACCUACCAAGUGGUGAUCGCUCCUUGCAGCUGUGUGGAAGGGAAAAGAUUCACUCGAUAUUCUGAUCUACUGCAGUGCGAGGAAGCAGUGUAGCCAUCCCGCUGUCCUCAGAAUCCCACCUCAUGCACACACCCCACGCUAGCCAUCCACCACGCUCGUAACAUCAGUCAGGAAAUCUCAGCUGUUCCUCGAGGCGGUGGCUCGUAGAUGUGUAAAGGUGGCCGCGACGGCUCUCUCGCCCCCUCAUUAAGCACCUACCCUGUCAGCCCCGCCCGCCGCCGCCACUCAAACACCCCUGGACGCUCAUAUUUGCCCCAUACCUACCGAGGGAGGCCUGUUCAUUCUUACUAAACCGUUUCCUCUCUCUCUCUCUCUCUCUCUCUCUCUCUCUCUCUCUCUCUCUCUCUCUCUCUCUCUCUCUCUCUCUCUCUCUCUCUCUCUCUCUCUCUCUCUCUCUCUCUCUCUCUCUGCUCGCUUUUCCCGAACGCUACCAACUGUGCUUGACGAGGCAUGGCAAGCCGGACAGUCACCUCCCUGACAGGUGCGUGCCAUGAGAAUGGUGCAAUGGUAGAUCCUUUUUGUUGGUUUAGGAAGCUACUUAAGAGUAUUACCUGCACUUGGAAUGAUGAUGAGUAAUAAUGUACAUAAGUUACUUUCAGAAUGUGAUAAAAAUAAUACAUAAGAGCACAUAAACAAAAUCAUCGCCGCGUGAUUAAAAAUUGGUAACUUUAGUCCACAUUACAUAAAGUAAACAAUACCUUUUAAUUUUUUCUGCCUCUUAAAUAUGAAAAACAAAAAAUGUUAAAUUUAAUCAGAAUGUCAUAAAAACUACGUUCAGCAUUGAGCCCGUGCUUUCUUUUACUCAGACUGGAAACUCAAUCAAAUACAUAUUGGAAAUCAAAGCAUCAUGAACAAUGUUUAUUUCAUCUGAAAGCUUCAAAUUUAUUGGCUUCAUGCAUUCUUAGUCAUGCUCCCUCGUUGGUCUUCGGUGUAUUAGAGUCAUUCCUUCAAUCGCAUUUCUCAUAUGUUAAUAAUGUGAUCAGGCAAUCACUUCCCAGCCUUGCUUCCCGCCGCGCCGCAGCCAGUACAAACGUGUAUCACCCGUAGACUUCAUAAGUUCCCCGUCAGGCUCUCAGCACGUGAAGCGGUAGUGCUGUACACCUUAGAAAAUCAAAACACAUGAUUUAUGUCACUUUAUGCUGAAACUCAAAAGCUUUCUGUGGACAUUUCAUACAUUCUUCUGAUGCAUUGUAGAGUAGAAGCAAUGCAGGAAGAAAAAUGUAAGAUAAUUCAUUAAAGUCAAAUUCAUUCGUGAAUGAACUUAACAGCUGUCGUGACAAGAGGCAGCUGGCUUGGGUGGUCCACAAGUGCUAAGAGUGUUGUCCCUCGUGUGCUUACAAAGAGGUGCGUCCAAAGGCGUCUCCAUCUCAGGCGCCUCAGGGGGAGGGCCGUGGCCGCGACACUCAGUGGGUGGCCACAGUACACUGAGCGCGUAAUCAUUGUGUGUUCGGGAAUAGCAGCGGGUGGGCUUCAUUAGCAAGUGGGAAUGUGUUUGUGUGUGUAGGGGUGGGGCAGGCUGUUGUGUGGGGGACAGGGCGAGACAAGAUGACAAGAAGUGGCUGCCCACCAGACUAGCUCCGGGCCAUCCAUAGACCACACACGCUUUACAGGCAGGUACUCUAUCGUUUGUUCUCAAUACUGGCCAGGUACUCGGGUGCUGCUUACCCUUGCUUAAAGCUUCCACAACACGCCAUGCCGCCUCACAUACGUCACUAGGCAGGUGCAUGCCUCGAGAGCCUCACUGCACCAACUUAAAGGCUGCGGUGCACCACCACCUCUCCCUACCUGAAUAUGGAGCACACCUUGACAUGACUUAUUUACAGUGUGAUCAUGCAUACCUUUGUCCACACCUCUUAUACAUGAACUAUUUAAACUCAGAGUGUAAAAAUGCCGUAGCACAGUAAUUAUUUAAAUGUUUUUUUUUUUCCAGCAUCUUUCUUUAUAUGUAUGGGAUCAGACACACACACACACACACACACACACACACACACACACACACACACACACACACACACACACACACACACACACACACACACACACACACACACACACACACACACACACACACACACGAAAAAAAAGAGUAGAGAAGAAAAGCCUGUUUCAUCGCUAAUCCAAAAGAAUCAUGUUAUAAAAGAAUCCCGAAGUGGAAGACUGAUGGAGUUCAAGAAGUGAGUGACUCCAUGCUUUUCUAGGGAAUAUCUGGGAAAAAAAAAAAAAACUCUUCCAAUCGAAGGUGUGUAUAUUGUUCCUAAUAGUGCAGCUAACCCUGAAAGACUGAGAUCACUGCUCAAGGGAUCUUUAUUAAAGGCGCGUUCCUCCUCACAGCAUCUUCCGUCCGGAUCCCUCGACCCGCCUCUCCGCAGACCAGACUGAUUGUUGCCCUGGUAUGAAGUUCGCUGCGACUUAUGUGCUGGCGGUGGUGGUGGCGGUGAGCGGUGUUGUGGAAAAGACCUCCUUCCGAUUUAAGCAAUAUCCCGGUCAUUAUUUGCAAGGGGAUGUGGCUAUAAUUCUAAAGGGUGUGACACUUGUACAGUGUACUGCCGCCUGUGGGCCACUCCGAGUGUUCAAUUUGCAAGGCUCUUGGCCCGCCUACACCUGCUACAUCCUUUCUUCCUUCACAACUUUCAUCAAGAGCCAGUUCCACUCUGUCUACUAUGACACAGGUAUGUACAAAGAGAAUGGGUUCUAUCAAGAAUUCGGCCGGUCAGUAUUUACGCCGUCCUCCAGCUCCCCGAAAGUGUCGUGGCUAGACGCUUAUUGGAUCUGCAGGGGCAUGUGGGCGGCCUUCUUCGUGCCGCAGACACAGAGCGAGUGGGAGUGGAUGAAGCAAGUAGCGGCUGACAGUAACUACGGGGGCAUGUGGAUCGGCGUGCAGGAGAUGGUGGAAGACAGCAACUCAUAUAUGUGGCUCGGGGUCACCGUGAUGUUGGCGCCUGACCCCGUGAACCUGACAUUGGAGGACGAUUCCGUGACUUACCAGAUGAAGAACGACAGCGGGACUUGGGUGACGGACGACCCUUUCGACUGCGGUGUGUUGCUGCCGAGGGAAGGAGAACAGUUUGUGCUUAUCGAAGACUGCUACGACGUCCUCCACGAAGGCUACAUGUGUGAGGCGAUCUUCCCGCCCCUAGGCCCCGCACACUGGACGAGGGAACCCUAGAUGCCCGGUACAGUCUAUGACCUGUGUUAAGAGACGCUUUACUCUCUCACCACGACGAUUUUCAAAAGCCACAGAGAUAAUUAGCCGGUUUUCCAAGAGUUGAUUUGUCGCAAAAACCGUAAAAACAUACUCAAAAACUCCUGCCACUUCAACUAGAGCCUAUUGAAAGUAGUCGAAGUGCGAGCAGGAGUGUUACAGAAUAUGGUCCAUAGUCACAGGAGGAGUAGUCGCCUGCACUCGGUUCUACUGCUUUGCCUCUUCCUCAGUUUUCUGUUGUCUGAUCCGCUAAGAAUCUGCCAACUGUCAGGUUUUAUAAGGAAGUUGUUCGCAGUCAGAGGACUUCAGAUUAAUGGAUAACGCUAAAUUCUCUGGAAAUAACUGCAGAAGUCUACUUAACUUCUGACCAUGACUGCACAGUGUGCUUAACUCCUGGAUGCCACUUUGCUUCACCAUCGUCUUUGUGGUUUUGAUCAUUAAGCGGUCUUCUGUAGAGACACGAAAAUGUGAUUUCUAGUCUUAUAA